CUCUUCCGUUCCGCGUAACCAAUGGGAUGCGCGGAUGCACAGCCGCUCGACCAAUGAGAGGAGGCGAUGCUGCGGGGUGCGUCGAGGGUGUGGGCGCCGCCAUGGGGGUGAAGCUGGAGGUGUUCCGGAUGCUGCUGUACUUGUCGUUCCCGGUCGGGGUGUUCUGGGUGUCCAACCAGGCGCAGUACUUCCAGCAGUUCGUGCUGNAGAGGAGGAGAGAGAUCUUCCCUCCGGAUAACCCUGAGAGGCGCCGCCAGGUGGCAGCACUGAAGCAGCGGGUGCUGCAGCUCCAGGAGGAGCGAGCGCUGAAGGACACGCGUGGGUAGGGGGCACCAUGGGGACCCCGACCCCAUAGGGACAACAUGGGGACACCAACCCCAUAGGGACAACAUGGGGACACCAACGUGAGGACACCAUGAAGACCCCAACCCCAUAUGGACAACGUGAAGACCCCAACCCUUUAAGGACCCCACGAGGACCCCAACAUGGGGACACCAUGAGGACCCCAACCCCAUAGGGACACCAUGAGGACCCCAACCCCAUAUAGACAAUGUGAAGACCCCAACCCUAUACAGACAACAUGAGGACCCCAACCCCAUAGGGACAAUGUGAAGACCCCAACCCUAUAUGGACAACAUGAGGACCCCAACCCAAUAAGGACCCCAUGAAGACCCCAACGUGGGCACACCAUGAAGACCCCAACCCCAUGGGGACACUGUGAGGACCCCAACCCUGUAAGGACACCAUGAAAACCCCAACCCCAUAGGGACCCCAUGAGGACCCCAACCCCAUACCAUGAAGACCGCAAUGUGGGGACAACCAUGAGGACCCCGACCCCAUAGGGACACCAUGAAGACCCCGACCCCAUAAGGACCCCAUGAAGACCCCAACAUGGGGACCCCAUGAAGAUCCCAACCCCAUAAGGACACCACGAGGACCCUGACCCCAUAAGGACCUCAACAACAUGAGGACCCCAACCCCAUAAGGACCCCAUGAAGACCCCAACGUGGGGACCCAAUGAAGACCCCAACCCCAUAGGGACACCAUGAGGACCCCAACCCCAUAAGGACCUCAACAACAUGAGGACCCCAACCCCAUAAGGACCCCAUGAAGACCCCAACGUGGGGACCCAAUGAAGACCCCGACCCCAUAGGGACACCGCGAGGACCCCAACCCUAUAAGGACACCAUGAAGACCCCGACCCCAUAGGGACACCAUGAGGACCCCAACCCCAUAAGGACCUCAACAACAUGAGGACCCCAACCCCAUAAGGACACCAUGAAGACCCCAACGUGGGGACCCCAUGAAGACCCCAACCCCAUAAGGACACCAUGAAGACCCCAACCCUAUAUGGACAACAUGAGGACCCCAACCCCAUGGAGACCCCAUGAGGACCCCAACCCAAUAAGGACCCCAUGAAGACCCCAACGUGGGCACACCAUGAAGACCCCAACCCCAUGGGGACACUGCAAGGACCCCAACCCUAUAAGGACACCAUGAAGACCCCAACCCCAUAGGGACAACAUGGGGACACCAACCCCAUAGGGACCCCAUGAAGACCCCAACCCCAUACCAUGAAGACUGCAAUGUGGGGACAACCAUGGGGACCCCGACCCCAUAAGGACCCCAUGAAGACCCCACCGU